AGAGAGAGAGAGCAGUGAACUGAGUGAGGCGAACUGUUGGAAACUACGCGACUGACGGACUGACAGAGAUUCCCGCUGUAGGUUGCUCACGUCGCUGCAGCCUCUUCCCCGCAUUUUAUGAAAAAGGACAGAGAGUCUUCAGUCGCUCCACAGAGGUUUGUGGUGCUCCUCUUUAGAGUUUCCUGCUGUUACAUGGUAACACAGAGCUGAAAGCAAGAGGGUGUCGAAGAUGGCAGUGUGGAUCCAGGCCCAGCAGCUCCAGGGAGAUGCUCUGCACCAGAUGCAGUCUCUGUAUGGUCAGCACUUCCCCAUUGAGGUGCGACAUUACCUGUCCCAGUGGAUAGAGGGCCAGCUCUGGGAUGCCAUAGACCUAGAGAACCCACAGGAGGAGUUCAAGGCCAAACGCCUGCUGGACAGUCUGAUCCAGGAGCUGCAGAACAAGGCCGAGCACCAGGUGGGAGAGGACGGCUUCUUACUCAAAAUCAAACUGGGACACUACGCCAGCCAGCUCAAGAGCACGUAUGACCGCUGUCCUCUGGAGUUGGUCCGAUGCAUCAAACACAUCCUCUACACAGAGCAGAGGCUCGUCAGGGAGGCCACCAAUUCGAGCUCUCCGGUGGGCGGGAUGAUGGACAGCAUGUCUCAGAAAUACCAACAGAUCAACCAAGCUUUUGAGGAGCUUCGACUGCUGACCCAGGACACUGAGAAUGAUCUGCGCAAGCUCCAGCACAACCAGGAGUACUUCAUCAUCCAGUACCAGGAGAGCCUCCGCAUCCAGGCACAGCUGACCAGCCUGGCCACGCUGCCCCCUGCUGACCGACAGCUACGGGAGCCUGCCCUUCUCAGCAAGAGAGCCACUGUGGAGGCAUGGCUGACCAGAGAGGCCAACACACUACAGAAAUACAGACUGGACCUGGCAGAGAAGCACCAGAAAACACUGCAGCUGUUGAGGAAGCAGCAGACCAUCAUUCUUGAUGACGAGCUGAUCCAGUGGAAGAGACGGCAACAGCUGGCAGGCAACGGGGGCCCGCCGGAGGGAGGCCUGGACAUCCUGCAGUCCUGGUGUGAGAAGCUGGCAGAAACUAUCUGGCAAAACAGGCAGCAGAUUCGGAGGGCAGAACACCUCAGACAGCAGCUGCCAAUCCCCGGCCCCAUUGAAGAGCUCCUCAACGAACUCAACAGUACUAUCACAGAUAUCAUCUCAGCAUUGGUCACCAGCACCUUCAUCAUUGAGAAACAGCCUCCACAGGUGCUAAAAACCCAAACCAAGUUUGCCGCUACAGUGCGCCUCCUAGUGGGCGGGAAAUUGAACGUGCACAUGAACCCUCCGCAGGUCAAAGCCACCAUCAUUAGUGAACAGCAAGCCAAGGCCUUGCUGAAGAACGAGAACACAAGGAAUGACAGCAGUGGAGAAAUUCUCAACAAUAACUGUGUGAUGGAGUACCACCAGACUACAGGCACUCUCAGUGCCCACUUCAGGAACAUGUCUUUGAAGAGGAUCAAGCGAUCGGACAGGCGAGGAGCAGAAUCUGUCACAGAAGAGAAGUUCACCAUUCUGUUCGAGUCCCAGUUUAGUGUCGGAGGCAAUGAACUUGUCUUUCAAGUGAAGACAUUAUCACUUCCUGUAGUAGUGAUAGUUCACGGUAGCCAAGACAAUAACGCUACAGCAACUGUGUUGUGGGACAAUGCUUUUGCAGAGCCGGGACGGGUGCCUUUCCUCGUGCCAGAUAAAGUGCUUUGGCCUCAGCUGUGCGAUGCCAUAAACAUGAAGUACAAGGCUGAGGUACAGAGUAACCGAGGCCUGUCUGAGGAGAACCUGGUCUUCCUGGCUCAAAAGGCCUUCAGCAGCUCCAGCAACAACCCUGACGAUUACCGCAACAUGACUAUGACUUGGUCACAGUUUAACCGGGAAAGCUUGCCAGGGAGGAACUUUACAUUUUGGCAGUGGUUUGAUGGAGUAAUGGAACUCACAAAAAAGCAUCUCAAACCACACUGGAAUGACGGAGCCAUAUUGGGCUUUGUGAACAAGCAGCAGGCUCAGGACAUGCUCAUGUCCAAACCCAACGGUACUUUCCUUCUGCGUUUUAGUGACUCUGAGAUCGGAGGAAUUACAAUUGCCUGGGUGGCAGAAAAUCCCAACAAAGCAGGUGAGAGAAUGGUUUGGAACCUCAUGCCCUACACAACCAAAGACUUCUCCAUUCGCUCUCUGGCUGAUCGCAUCAGCGAUCUCAAUCACCUCCUGUUCCUCUACCCCGACAGACCCAAGGAUGAAGUUUUCUCCAAAUAUUAUACCCCACCACUCUCCAAAGCAGUGGAUGGCUACGUGAAACCGCAAAUCAAACAAGUGGUGCCCGAGUUUACUACAGCCAAUCCAGACCCAGCCAGUGGAAAUCCUACCUAUAUGGAUCACGGCGCUUCCCCAGCACCCGUCAAUCACCCUCACACCUAUGGCAUAUACCCACCUAUGAGUGACUCUAUGUUGGACGCAGACGGAGAGUUCGACCUAGACGACACCAUGGACGUGGCGAGGCAUGUAGAGGAGCUCCUUCGGCGGCCCGUAGAGAGCCAGUGGGGUGGCCAACAGUCCUGACCCUUGACCUUUUAACCCGUGACAACACCAAACAAACCCUGCCUCCCAACUUGCCCCACUUGCAUUGACAUUUCUCAUGGUUUAAUUCCAUUCAAUUCAUCUCAUUUCUUUUUUCAGAUAGCUAUAAUGUGAAAUGUUAAUAAUGGUUGUGAUUUUAUUUUUCUGUUCAGCAUGAGAGCAUGCAUGUCAGUAACUUCUCUUAGUUUUAUUUGUGUCCAUAAGUGUUUGUAAAACAGACUAGGUAUAAAGCAAAACCUACAAUGUUACAAUAUUGUGAAAAAGAAAAGGUAAUAUUCAUUCACAUUGUGCAUGCAUUUCCAAUUGAUUUUGAACAGAUUAAAAAAAAAAUGCUACUGUAUGAAGUCAUUUUAACAGUUAAAUGUUUUAUUUUAUUUUCUUCUUUUGUAAAUGGGUUAUACGUAUUUUGAUAGUGAAAUUGAACUUGCCCUUUGACAAAAAAAGAAACUUUAAUGAAGAGUUUUGCUUUUGCUCUUAACAACAUAAUCGGAGUCAUUGCUCUGCAGAGUUACAGUCAAUCUUUUUGAAUCCAUAUACACUAACCUAAGGCAGAGUGACUCUCUUUGCUCGCUGCAACUGACAGCACACACAUCAGCACACAGUACACGCACGCAAGUGUACAAUGUAUUUGUUCUGAUUUGUUCAUCAGCUGAAACCCAGCAGGGGGAGUUCCAUGCACCUCCCUUGCUCUCACAAGGCUAUUUGUCUUAUGUUUGUAUCUUGAAAUGCAAAUCUAAGCAUUUACCCAGCGCUGCCUGCUUGUCCUCUCAGGUCCCUCUGUUCCCCUCAUCAAUGCUACCUCGCCUUAUUCUACUGACAGUCGUUGUUGUUUCUGCACCACAUUUACACCAGUAGGUACGUUCAUUAGGUUUUCUUCUUGUGAUUUGUGUUUAUAUGUGUGAAGGAGAUCUCCUUGUUGUCCGAUUGUUUUAUGCUUGAAGCCACUCACCUGAUGAAGUCUAGAGGCAUGAAGUGCCACUCGUCUGAUCGGGUAUUCCUGAAUAUUUGGCUCCCUUCGGACUUUUCUGCCCAUCCGUCCACUUGUCCCCAUACCUGUAUCACGACACUGUGGCAAAACGGGCGUGCGCAAAUCUCUGUGUGACAACAUGACCGCACCAGCAACUAAAGUUGCAAGGCAUACAGUAAAUAGAUAGAUGUAGGCUUUGAAUGCUUGCACAGACUCACCAGCCGCUGGGUCACAUAUAGAACUCAAGGAUGUAGUGUCAUGUCAGUUUCUUUGUAUGGAUUUUGUUUCAAGAUUAAGUUUCAGUGUGUGUCCCCUUUUUGCUACACAUAAAAGAUAACCAAUAGAAAAGGUUGAGACUAUUAGCCACUCCCUCCUCUGACACACAUACACACACAAUGCUGAUUAGAAAAUAUGUCAACAGCCUUUCACCUCAGGAAUGAAUCACUUUGCUUAGCUGAUGUAUAAGCCAAGUAGAAAAUGAUCAAUGUAUACAGAAUAUAUGAAUUUAUUUUCUCUAUCAUAACUCUAUUUUAUUAUUGUUUCUCUGGCACUCCCCCUAUUGAAUGUAACCCCCUUUGCAUGACCAUGUUGAGGAUAGAAGUACCAAUGCUUCCUCAGUCUGAGCAAGUUUCAAGUCUCGUAUCACCAGACGUUUUAGUUAAAAAAGGACACAGAUCAACUGGAAAUCAGGGAAGAAUUAAUGAUGUACUUUUGUGUUUGUCUGACAGACAUUACAGUAUUAAAGAUAUUCCCUUGUCUUUCUUUCAUUUCUUCCUCAAACAUUUUUUUGUAUGUUGCUUUUCUUUCCUGUUUUUAUAAUAUCAAGCUACAUGGGCAGUCUUGUGAUAUAUCCUUCAUUACUAUUUUCUCAUCAUUUUUAAAGCUUUGUUCCACUGUAGCGUGUGUAUUAUUUGAUGAUGUAGAUGACGCUGUGUGCUGUUCGAUAUAUAUGUACCAUGUUUGUGGUUUGGGUUUAUCACAAGAGAAACAGCUGUUGAGUUACAAAAUAGGAAAAUAAAGUUUUAUAAAUAAUUUUAUCUCAACCUGUAGAAGUACAGAAGAUUUUAAUGUCACUACAAAAUAAAUGCUAUUUUUUUAA